ACUCGUUCACAGCAAAAACAGUGAACUAGUUUCACUUUCCGAACCGUAGCGAGGGUUUCUAGGGGAAUUUAACCGCACUGUUUUGUAUGCAUGUGAGAGUGGGAGUUUCCACUUUGUGUAGGUCUCCACUGUAGGUCGAGGGAAAUCUUUUCAGUGUCGUAUUACAGCCCGUGAGAGGGAAGUGUGAAUGAUACGUCUCUGUACGUCCUCAUGUUAACCUCUCUGAUUCACUUGAUAUUUCAGUGUGAUCGUGUGAGCAGCUGCCGAUAUUGCGUGUUCGUUGUAUCAGUAAAUUAACAUUUUAACACCACUUAAGGAGUCACUAAAGAAUAAUGAAAGGACCAGAACUGGUUGACUCCAGGAGUCGAUUUCGAUUUACUGAAUCAUGCGUUGGUCUGAUGGGUUGUUUGUGUAUCAGCUAUGCUAUCUGGGCUCCACAGUGGCUGGACAACAGGGGUCUGUGGUCCUCGGGCAAUGAGACGAACCCUGAUGAUAGCUGGACGGAUGAGGACAUCGAUAAAGUCCUUGAAGCUGAAAGGGUCUUUGCAAUAGUCGCCUUCCUGAUGUCUGUGAGUUCUGGAGUGCUGUGUCUCAUGUUCGCCCUCUGCUGGACAAAUAAGACUGUGCGUUCUUACUCUAACACGCGCUCACUGCUGAUAGUGGGCCAGGCACUUGACCCCACCACCCUGCUGCUCUUUACACUGGUACCAACAGGGUUCUUCUUUUUUAUAACCUGGGCUCUUUUCGCCCAUCAACAUAUUGGUGAGAUCCGAGAUGACAUCACUCGACUCGGACCGUCCUUUUGGCUGGGAGUCUUCGGCUGGGCUUUGCUAUUGGCUGUACUGCCGGUAAUCUUCCUGGUGGAGAAAGUGAUGGUUCCGGACAUUUUGCCAGACCUCAUAAAGUCUGCCGAUACAUGGUGGAAGGCCCCGGAGGUCGCGUACGCGAGAUCAUUAAGUGAAUGUUACAAUCAUUCACAUCACAAGCCUCAUGUUGACUUUAAAAGGUACAAGUCAGUGCCCUAAAAGAGGGGGGAAUGAGAUGAGAUGAUAUAAAAACGGGUGAUCUCUCAAAAGCUGGACAUGUCGCUGAAUGUCAGUCCGAACAUUUUCACUCAAGUACCAGCACCAGUACCUGUGUCUGGAGUCCCAAAGUGUCCCAAAAAUGUAUUGGCUUUGACAGUGUUGUAACUGUUUGACACUGAGGAUGGUUGUGUCAGAUUACGGACUAUCAGUGGUGUGAAACAUAAGCUAAAAAGGAAGUAGCAGUUGCAAAGUUUUCUGCUGUUAGUGUAACUAAAUGUCUGCUUCUCUUACAUAAUCUGUUUAAUUUAUAUAUGAUAAAUUACUCAGAAUCGUAACACUAUCUGUGCAGAAUUGGAAUCUGAUUCAUGAUCUGCUGCAGAAUUGUGACCCUGUCUGUGAAAUUCAGGCUUAAGUCUCAGAGCAUCAUUGAUUUCAAUCUUUGCCAUAAACUUACUCCGUCAAUAUUAAAGAUAUCAAGGUUAUGUUCUUUACAUUAUGUAGGAUGAUUUUAUGUACAAAACAGUAAAUCACCAAAAAAAAAAAACUUUAGAUGGGUUUUACCUUUUUUUUUUACAAUCUAUGGUUCUCAAAGACUUGUCACAUUUUUCCUAUUUGUUUUUUAUUAUUAUUUAAACAGCGCCCUCUGCUGGUAGUGCUACAAAGAACACUCUGUUAUGCCUAGAAGUCUGCAAUAAAAACCUAAACACAUAAGCUUAACAUAAGUGUAUCGAAUAAUUUUUGUAUUAUUUUGUGUUUUUACAGAUAUCAAUA